AUGCUGCUUGCUCCGUGGGCGGUUACAGUGCUACUCGCUGCCUCUAGCGCUCUCGUUGGCGCCUUCAGCGAGCACAGCAUCGUCGAGAAGAGUGUAGUGCAGGCGCAGCAGGAGUGCGUCGAGUAUCUGAACGUUCCGCGCCAACGGUUGUACGAGUAUCUCGGGCAUAACUAUGCCAACGACGCCAAAACCAAGUGUAUGGUCCGUUGUGUCGGUUUGAAUCUCAAGUGGUGGAAUGCUGGCGUGGAACUGCGUGAAGACGUUAUACAGCAGUACUUUUUGCCUGAGGCGGAGGACAAUGCGAGUAUCGAUCGUACGCGGGAGUGUAUUGCAAAGCGAGUGAACUCCAAGAGUUCACUGUGUAGCCGGGCGUACGAGAUUUUCCAGUGCUACCUGGAGCAUUACGGGGAGCUGCUGAACUGUCCCAAGACUGUGCCACUAAGUGAGGAACGCUUCGCUGAAGCCGUUCACUUCUGUCUCGAUACGCUGCAAGCACCACUGGCUGAGUUCCGGAGUUACUGUUCCUCGAGGGGUUUUCUGGAGUGUGAGCGAAGCCGGUGUCUACUGCGCUGUAUCGCCAUUCGCACCGGGAUCUACUCGGACCAGUACGGUACAUUUGCGCCACGAUAUCAGUUGCAGUUUGGCAACGUCACGAACGCCGCCGAUGGUCUCGAGCAGGACGUCUGUACCACUCGGUUACGCCGCGAAGGUCUAGACAAGUGUACACUGGUUGCCCGGGUUCUGCACGAGUGUUUCGACUUCCAGAGCACGCUGCAUUCGGCGCUGGAACGCUCUCUGAUCCUGUUGAGUCCGCUCAUGGAGAUAGCCGCUUCGACGACAGUAAGUCAGAGUAAUACUGAGAACAGAAGUUGA